ACGAGUUCUCUGACUGUUCAGAGUGCCCUCACCUGCAAGUGUUUCGGCCACAAUUGCGACAAACUUGGUCUUAAUCACCAUUCCCUUAAAAAAAAACAGCCAUGUUCAGCCUUCUAAGAUCGUUGUCGAAUGUGUUGCUAUGCGCGACCGCCGCCUCGGCUGUGUACAUAGUCCCAGGAGGUCGGUGGCGUGACACGGACGGCAACCUCGUCAAUGCCCACGCGGGUAGCAUCGUCUUUGAAAAAGGCCUGUUCUGGUGGUUUGGAGAAUACAAGCCCGAGGGACAGGUCGAGGGCGGUGGCAUUGCCGUCUACAGCUCUCCCAACCUUGCGACGUGGACACACCAUGGACUGGCUCUUGAGCCUGUCGAAGGACACCCGUACAUCUCUCCCAAGAUGAUCAUCCAGCGACCGAAAGUGGUUCACAGCGAGGAGACGGGACAAUACCAUAUGUGGUGGCACGCCGACAACUCGACAUACGGCCUGCUCCUGCAGGGCUUUGCGACCGCCGACCAGAUCCAGGGUCCGUACGAGUUCGUCAACGCCACGGCGCCGCUUGGCAACUGGUCCCAGGAUUUCGGCAUGUUCACGGACUACAAGGAUGGCCGCAGCUACGCGCUGUACUCGAACGGCGACCGCCGCGAGGGCCGCGACGUGUACCUGACGUCCUUCAACGAGGCCGUCACGGGUCUUGACGAGGUUGUGCACCGCUUUGACAAAUUCGACCUGGAGGCCCCGACCGUGGUGCAGACGGACAAGAGCUACUACGCCCUUAUGAGCCACAAGACAGGCUACAGGCCCAACAAUGUUGUCGCCUUUCGAGCCGACAAGCUCAGCGGACCGUGGUCUCAGCCCUGGAUCAUUGCCCCACUCAACACGAGGACUUUCAACUCGCAGUCUGGGUUCAACCUCCGCAUUGAGGGCACGAAGAAGACGACCCAUCUGUACAUUGGCGACCAGUGGGACUCGAACUCACUUUGGGAAAGUCGCUAUAUCUGGCUACCGCUGGAAAUUGAUGACGAGAAGAAGGACCUUUCGCUGAGUUGGCAUGAUGUCUACGAUUUAGAUGUGGUCACUGGCGAGUGGGAAGCCGUCGAGGGCACCACGUACUAUGGCAAGGACGCCACGACUGCUGGCAAUGCGUGGAAGCAGGAAGCGAAAUUCGCAAGCGACGGCGUGAUCCUGACAGGCAUCUACGGCAACGACAGCACCGUCACCUUCAGCGGCGUCCAGGGGUCUGGCGGGAAGCAGUGGGUGUCGUUCUACUACCAGAACAUUGAUGACAUGGGCUUUGGAGACCAGCCGAUGGGCGCGCCGGACCGCAUCGGCGGGGCGUGGCAGCUGCGGCGGAUCGCCAGCGUCGUGGUCAACGGCAAGACGGACGAGGUGCACUCGCUGUACCAGCGCGACUCGCACAAGGGCAUCAUCCUGUCGACGCCGCUGGAGCUGGAGCUCGAGGCAGGCAGCGACAACACAAUCACCAUUGGCGGGCUGUUCAACGGCGUCGACUACAAGGGCGCGGAUAUCGACAAGAUUGUCGUGUACCCGGCCGAGGGGAGUGGCGGGUAUCCGACACGCGUGUGAGAGACUGAAAGAGUGGAUAAAAGAUGAGAAGACGCGACUUGAUCAGGCUGGGCCUGGCAGGCAGCAGGAAGACGACGCUUGCAAGGGUUGCUUGAAGACUGGUCGAGUUGUCGAGUGUUUUGGGACAGCGGGCACCCAGACUGAGCCAUGUGAUUGGCCCAGAAGACCACGCCCUGCGGCGGAAGGGACCAAAGGCCCCUUGGCCCAAACAGGCAAAAUGUCAACAAAGAACCCUCAAUGGUGGUUACAUACAUCCCCAUUACCUCUUGAGAACGUGCUACAACCGGCGUGCAUGGCAGAACCCACAUGCGCAUGUGCCUGACUGGCAAACGUGGGGUAUCCAUGUCUUGUUUACUUUGGACUGCCGUCAUGCCAAUUGAUCAAUCAGGAGCCCGCCAUGGCCACAUCCUGACGUGACGGCCCGUCGCGGUGACCCAAGCGC